AUGUAUGCUUCUGAGGAAAGGACCAUAGAAACAGUGGAGGAACCGGUAUCACCAGGACAAGGGCUGGGAGAAGAGUUUCAUGGAGAUGGAUAUGAAGAAAGUAAUACUAGCAUUGAUGAAACAAAGUUUUCAGCCCGGGAACUUGACAGUAGCCCACUCCGAAGCUCAGUAACACAGUAUUCGGACGCAUUUAGCCACAAAGGACAAGACCUAGAGGAGCUGGGAGCAAUUCCAUCGACACUGUUUGAUUCACCGACAUCCAAGGAUGAAGCUGUGACAGGAGAAGACCACCCGGUACUUAAACGUACCCACAGCGGGCGGUUAUCUGCCAAUUCACUGAGUACAAAGUCUCCGAAAAUAUGGCAAGACUCAUCACCAGCAGCUUUACAGCCGUUUUACACCACUAUCAAUUGUACUGGAGCACGGCCGACAUACGUAAAACCAACUAUCGAUAAAGAUGUACUAAGAAAUGCCAAAACAUUGACGGAACAUGUUAGCCAAUCCACAGGAUUUCCCACAACAACACAACAUUGCCAUGAAUCUAACUCAAAUGACUUUGAAAAGAGCCAGGAAGCAGAUAAACCGGUUAAACUGUUCGAGUAUCCGUUUACAGAACCAUUGGGGUCAUAUGCAAAACACAAGACAAUACAAGAAAAUAUAGCUAACUGCCUCCCUAAUUCUUAUUCUGAAAAAUACGUGUCUAUUCCAAGUCGUUAUCUUCAAGUUACAAACCUCCCUAAAACUAUUGAAACAUGGGUGUUGAAAGAAAUUUUUGAAAAAUUUGGGGAUAUACAGGGAAUCUUAGCAAAAAAUCUCCGCAAAGAUGGGUCUGUUAUUGUUGGGUUUUACGAUAUUCGUGAUUGUAUUAGAAUUCAAAAACAGCUACGUCAUUAUCGGUUUUUUAAUGGUCGUUAUCUAGAAGCUCAAUUUUGUUCCAAAACCACAUUGGUGUCAAUAUUUAAAGAAAGUUCUAUGCUUCCAUUUCUUUCGGAAAACGAGGGUGAAAUCCUUAUAUCUUUUCAAGGCCCCAAUGAUAUAUCUAAAACCGCUUUGUUUAAUCUUUUAUCUUCAUACGGUGAUAUUCGUACAAUUAAAUCUCUUCUUGCAACUGUAAAAAAAGCCAUCAUUUGUGAGUAUUUUGAUAUUAGAGAUGCAGUCUUAGCCAUGGAAGAGUUGAAUGGUCGAGUAGUUCAGGAUAAUAAACUUCAUGUUACAUUUUAUGAAUCAGGUUUUAUUUCUUGGAAAGUAGUGUCUGAUGAAUUACAACAUUUACAAAACGAAAAUACUAUAUUAGAUCAAUUUAAAUCUUUGGAUAUUUCAGAAAGAAGAUUAAAUAACAUUACAGAUGAAUAUUUGGUCAAUCAUCAUGGAUCAACCAAUACCACCUCUCAUUCUAAACUUUCUCCUCCUUUGGGUUUUUUUCCUAAUAAGAAAAAUUCCACUGGAUCUGUUAUAGAUAGGUCUAAUUCAGUACCAUCAUAUUACUCUCUUCAUGAUGAAAAAUCGUCCUAUACAGUACAAACGCCUAACCCUCCUGAAAAAAUGGAUUAUUACAAAUGCGAUGUAAAGAAGCCCGUUUCUAUUCAAACGAAUAAUGGCUCUUACAUUUAUUUAAAAGAUCAAUUUUCGAAUACAGAUAGUUAUGUAGAUUGUUCAACAAUUAAAAAAUCAUUCGAUGAAACUAAGAUUAAAUCAUAUAAUCCUGCAUUUAUUCCAGGUAGCGCCCCGACUCAACGUCAUAUAUAUUCAGCAAAUAUGAAACGCAGCAUUACUCAUGAUGGCGUUUGGAUAGACCAUCCUACAUCAGUGACAGAGCAUUUGCCUCUUAAUUUAAAAUAUUCUUUUGAUGUCUUAAAAACUAUUAACAAUACUGUCCCUGGAGCAAAUUUGGUUACAGAAAAAAAUAAAGUAGAUUAUGAUCGAAUCACUCGAGGUUUAGAUAUGCGUACGACUAUUAUGAUUAAAAAUAUACCAAACAAAUUCACACAGCAAAUGUUACAAGAAUACAUUGAUGCAACAAAUUCGAAAACUUAUGAUUUUCUUUAUUUAAGAAUAGACUUUAGGAACCGUUGUAAUGUCGGUUAUGCUUUUGUAAAUUUUAUUGACCCUAUUUCUAUUGUUACUUUUGGUCAGGCUCGUGUUGGAACAAAAUGGAAUCGUUUUCACUCAGAUAAAAUUUGUGAUAUUUCAUACGCUAAUAUUCAAGGAAAGGAAUGCCUUAUUGAAAAAUUCCGUAAUUCUUGUGUAAUGGAUGAAGAUCCGUCUUAUCGUCCUAAGAUUUUUGUUUCUCAUGGUCCAGCAACAGGAGAAGAACAGGAAUUUCCUGCUCCUAACAAUCCAAGAAGAAAAUUGAGAUCUAUUGUGAGUGCUCAACAAUUUGGGCUUUUCCCUCCCGUUGGAUCAAGGACACCUUGGAGUAUACGCGAAGAACAUACAUUUAUAUAA